AUGUGGAUCCAUCCGGAGGAGGUGCUGCUGGCCGGGGCUCUGUGGGUGUCCGAGCGGGCCAACCCAUUCUUCAUCCUGCAGAGGAGGAGGGGGCACGGCCGCGGAGGGGGCCUCUCCGGUCUUCUUGUUGGGACUCUGGAUGUGGUUCUGGACUCCAGUGCCCGGGUAGCCCCGUACAGGAUCCUGCUGCAGACUGCAGACUCUCAGAUCUACUGGAACAUCGCCUGUGGCUCAUCCAGGAAGGAGAUCACAGAGCACUGGGAUUGGCUGGAAGCUAAUCUCCUCCAAACCAUCUCUAUUUUCGAGAGCGACGAAGACAUCACCACCUUCGUCAAAGGAAAGAUCUCUGGCAUCAUCGCGGAGGAGAACCGGCUGAAGCCUGGCGAGGAGCACGAGGAGGACAGCGGGAAGUUUCGGGAGGCAGAGCUGAAGAUGAGAAAGCUGUUUGGCAUGCCUGAGGAGGAGAAGCUGGUGAAUUAUUACUCCUGCAGCUACUGGAAGGGCCGGGUGCCACGGCAGGGAUGGCUCUACCUGUCCGUCAACCACCUAUGCUUCUACUCCUUCCUGCUGGGAAAAGAAGUGACCCUGGUGGUGCCAUGGACCGAGGUGACCCAGCUGGAGAAGAACGCCACCUUGCUUUUUCCAGAGAGCGUGCGUGUGAGCACACGCGACACUGAACAUUUCUUCUCCAUGUUCCUCAACAUCAACGACACCUUCAAGCUGAUGGAGCAGCUUGCUAACAUUGCCAUGCGCCAGCUGCUCGACAACGAGGCAUUCGCCGCUGACCUGUCGUUGCCCAAACCCAGCAGAACGCUGAAGAACGUCUCUGCGCUGAAGAGGGAUCUGGAUGCCCGGGCUAAGAACGAGCGAUACCGGAUGAUGUUCAGGCUGACGCAGGAUGAGCGGCUCGACGGACACACGGACUGCACACUGUGGACGCCGUUCGCAAAGAUGCACGUUGUUGGACAGCUCUUCAUCUCCAACAACUACAUCUGCUUCAACAGCAAAGAGGAAGACCUGUGUCAGCUCAUCAUCCCCCUCAGAGAGGUCUCCAUUGUGGAGAAGGCGGACAGCAGCAGCGUGCUGCCAUGCCCCGUCUCCAUCAGCACCAAGAACAAGAUGAAUUUCCUGUUUGCCAACCUCAAAGACAGAGACUUCCUGGUCCAACGUAUUUCUGACUUCCUGCAGCGAACCCCUGAUAGCUCAUGGGGCGACACCAACCCGCUGUCUCUUAUUAGUCUCUCGGCAUCCUCCGGCGGUCCCCCAUCAUCUUCUGGAGGUUCUGAGUCCAUCCAGAAGGGGCGACAUUACCACGCUGGCCUUCCCACAGCCAGCCAGGGUCUGCUGCAGCUCUACCACCGAGAUGCCCCAGAGGACCUAGGACCCAAAGCUAUGAGGGAGAAGAUGAAGGAGGAGUCAUGGAACAUCCAUUUCUUAGAGUUUGGUCGAGGUGUCUGCAUGUACCGGACCUCCAGAACCAGAGAACUGGUCCUCAACGGGAUCCCAGAACGCCUGAGAGGGGAGCUGUGGUUGCUGUUCUCUGGAGCGCAGAAUGAGAUGGCAACCCACCCUGGCUACUAUGGUGAGCUGGUGGAACAGGCCAUGGGGCUGUGUUCACUGGCUACCGAGGAGAUCGAGCGUGACCUUCACCGCUCAAUGCCCGAACACCGAGCCUUCCAGAACGAGAUGGGCAUUGCCGCCCUGCGCCGCGUCCUCACUGCCUACGCCCACCGCAACCCGGGCAUCGGAUACUGCCAGGCUAUGAACAUUGUCACCUCUGUCCUGCUGCUCUACUGCACUGAGGAAGAGGCCUUCUGGCUACUGGUGGCGCUGUGUGAGCGCAUGCUGCCCGACUACUACAACACCCGAGUUGUAGGAGCUUUGGUGGAUCAGGGCGUGUUUGAGGAGCUGACCCGGGCCUUCCUCCCUCUGCUCUAUGAACAUAUGCAGGAGCUGGGGGUCAUCUCCACCAUCAGCCUGUCCUGGUUUCUCACCCUCUUCCUGUCUGUGAUGCCCUUCGACAGCGCUGUGCUGUUGGUUGACUGCUUCUUUUAUGAGGGCAUCAAGGUCAUCUUCCAGGUGGCACUGACUGUCCUCCACGACAACAUGGACACCCUGCUGUCCUGCAGUGACGAGGGGGAGGCCAUGACCAUCCUGGGCAGGUACCUGGAUAAUGUGGUGAAUAAACAGACAGUGGCUCCGCCCAUUCCUCACCCACACGCCCUGCUGACGAGCGGAGAUGAGCCCCCACCUGAAAUCGACGUCUUCGACCUCAUAAGGUCGUCUUAUGAGAAGUUUGGCAGCCUGCGCUCUGAUGUCAUCGAGCAGAUGAGGUUCAAGCAGAGGUUAAAGGUCAUCCAGUCCCUGGAGGACACAGCCAAGAGAAGUGUGGUGAGGGCGAUGAUGACGGAGUCGGCCUUCAGUAUUGAGGAGCUGGAGGAGCUCUACUGUCUCUUCAAGUCCAAACACAUGACCAGCUGUUACUGGGGCUCCAGCAGUUCUGCUGCCGAGCGCCACGAUCCCAGCCUGCCGUACCUGGAGCAGUACCGCAUCGACCCAGUUCAGUUCCGACAGCUCUUCAUCUCACUUGCGCCCUGGGUCUGUGGAGGCCACACCCCCACGCUGUCAGCCCGCCUCUUCAGGCUCCUGGACCAGAACCAGGACGGGCUGGUCAACUUUAAAGAGUUCAUCACCGGACUGAGUGGGAUGUAUCACGGAGACAUGACAGAGAAACUGAAGCUGCUGUACAAGCUCCACCUCCCUCCAGCUCUGUGUCCAGAGGAGGCGGAGUCUGCUCUGGAGGCGACACAGUUCUUCACUGAGGAUGAACCUCGAGGUGAGGAGCUGAGAGAUGGGGACAGUGAGGAGAAGAAAGAGGUGAAGGACUACAGGUACUACUUGAGGAUGUGGGCCAAAGAGAAAGAGCCCAAGAAAGAGACAAUAAAAGACCUGCCAAGGAUGAACCAGGAGCAGUUCAUCGAGCUGUGUAAAACUCUGUACAACAUGUUCAGCGAGGAGCCUCUCGAGCAGCAGCUCUAUCACUCCAUUGCCACCGUCGCCAGUUUGCUGCUGCGCAUCGGUGAAGUCGGCAAGAAGUUCAACAACGGUGCCAAGAAGUCUGAGCGGGCCCCGUCCCCCACACAGACCCCGCCCUCUACACAGACCCCGCCCCUCAGUCCUGAGGGGGUUGAGGAGGGGCCCGGACACGGGGUGUCGGGUGAGUCGGAGGUGUGCCGGGCUCUGGCCGACGCCCAGCUGGAGGUGGCGGCUCCGCAGAUGUCAGAUGAGGAAACAAAAGACGACGCGUCAGUGUCUUCGUACUCGGUGGUGAGUGCUGGCUCGCUUCAGUGCGAAGACAUCGCUGAGGACACGGUGCUAAUCAGGGGGGCUGAGCAGAGGCAGGGCAGCGUUCUGGACACAGAUUGGUCGAUCACCUUUGAGCAGGUGUUGGCAUCGAUGCUGACAGAGCCGCCGCUCGUCGACUACUUUGAGAAGAAGUGGGACUUCCAGGCCAAGAUGGCUGCCUGCAAGGCGCAGCGGGCAGUGGAGCGGCAGAUGAGCUCCACCUCCGACCACGAACUCACGCAGCAUUGCACCUGAGCACCUCCCUCACCUGUCCAUGUGCACCACACAGGUAAAUGAUAUAACCAACUGAUUUUAGAUCAUGUGAUUGGAGCAUCUCUGAUUGUCACCCUGACAGUGAUUCUGAUUGGCUGGCAGCUCCUGCAGAGACUUGUCAUCAUCCUUCAAACUUCCUGUUUGAGCAUCAGUGUGUUUCAGCUCUUAUUGAUUAGAGAUAUGCUGAUCAAUCAAUAUUGCUAAUUGUUAGCAUUAAGCUCAUUGAUCUGUCAUAACUUUGCACUUCCUCUUGGUGUUUCACAAUAAAAGCCUUUCUGAAGGGUGUUUUACUGUGAAGGAACUGGAGGAAGUGCUCCUACAUCGUUGUAUAGAUACUUCAUUGAUCUUUGAAUGGUUUGGCUGGCAUGUCUCUGCAGGACCAACCAGUAAACAGGAAACACUAAGAGAUAAAUGGCUGGCAUGCUCACCUGUAGAAGACUCAGACACCUGUGAGUUACAUCAGUCUUUUAUUGUGAAAUAAAGAUUUAUAAUCAGUACUAAUGGUUUAAUCAAUAACAGUAAAGAUGCCAUGUUUCAACAGGUGCACUCACACCUGGACUCUUAUUUUGAAGCCUUGUUUGUUCUCCCAAUUGCCUGUCUGAUGACAUCACUCCUGUCUGCGAUGAUGUCAGUGUUUUUAUGUUUGACCUGAUUUUAAACUUGUGUUGAUCGUUUAUUGAUCUGUUGUUCUAAUAAAUACUGCAGGAACUUCUUACUCUGCAGGGUCAUCUUUUAGAAAAAUUCUUUUAUGUCUUCUUAAAUAAAGUUUAUAAAGAUGUCUCUGCACAUACGCUGAUGAUGUUGGUGUGUUCAUACAUGUAUUUGUUUAAUUCUUUAAUUAUAAUACUUGCUUCUCUUAAGCAGUAUUAUUAGAAAGCAUUGCAUCAAUUUUCAUUUUUAUGCAGAUGAUACUCAGCUUUAUCUAUCAAUGAAGCCAGAUGACACACAUCAAUUAGUUAA